AUGCAGGAAAAAUAUUGUUGUGUUACAUGUGGUACAUAUGCUAAUGAACUUUCGCAUCAUUAUAAAGAAGGCGUUAUUAAAAUUAUUCACUGUAAACAAUGCCAAAAUCCAGUUGAUCCUUAUAUUGAAUUAGAUGAUUUACUUGUAUUUAUUGAUUUUGUUUUACUUAAAUUACGUGCUCAUCGACAUGUUUUAUUCAAUAUCGAUAAAAUAAAAUAUAACCAUAUAUUAAAAUUAUCAUGUGCAUUAAUUCUUGUUAAUGCAUACAUUAAAUGGUUUCAUCUUAAAAAUGAUCAAUAUCAAUCGAUUAUUAAUCAUGAUCAUCAUAUUUUCUAUGCUCUUGAAUAUGGAUUUUAUUCAAAAUUAUUAGAAUCAUUUUUUGAAUAUACAAUAAGAUUUGGAUUUAUAUUUAUGAUUGCAAUAGUUCAAUAUAGACAAACAUGGACUAGAGAAAAAUCAAUUCUUCUCUUUCGUGCACUUGUUCUAUCAAGUAUCGGUCAAUUAUUUGUAUUACCAUUACUUAUAUGGAGUCCUGAUCAUCGUGAUUAUUAUGGUCUAUUGAUAUGUUUUAUUUUUACAAUUUUUUGUCAUACUCAAGCAUUAAUUGCUUCUCAAUUAUUUUCAUCAUUAAUAUCUUUUCUUUCAUCAACAAUUGCUAUUCUUCUAUCAAAAUAUUGUGUAUCAUUGUUUUCACAAAAUUCUUUUUUAUAA